UGAACAUGGUUUAUAUUUUAGUUUGAAAAAUACUUUUUUAUCACUCAUGGCAAAAGGUGGUGACGUUAAGCAAGAGAAGAUCACGUUUGGCGGGAAGGGAACAGAACCUGGAAAAUUCCAAAGUAUCUCUGGAGUUGCCGUGUCUACUGACAAUGAGAUAUUUGUGACUGAUGAGUUAAACAAACGAGUCCAGGUCUUCAGUAUGGAUGGGACCUUUCUCCGCCUCUUUCCAACGGUACUGCCUGGUGAACGUAAGACAAUGCUCGAACCUCAUGGUGUUGCUUUGGACGUGGCGCCUGGCUACCUGUGGGUAGUGGUAAGGAGAAGAAUAUGGUUCCGCUAUGAAGACCAUAUCGUACAGUACAAUAAGAACGGACGGCCCAUAAAAAAAUUUGACGUAAGCCUCAAGAACCAAUUAUAUUCCGUCAUCGCGAUGGACGUGCGCAACAAUAAAAUUAUCGUGGGAGACAAAAGUACAAUUAUGCUGUUGGACCCAAACGGCUCUCGCCUUUGGACUUCAGAAGUGGGAUCUUUUGAGUCAAACGGGAUCUCGGGAGUCACAUCGGACAAGGAGGGAAAUGUCCUGCUAACGGAUGGGUAUAAAAGCGUCUACAAGUACAAUCCCUACGGAGUAAAGAUACUUGAAUUCGGCACCCGUGGAAGGGGGGAGGGGCAACUGUACUCUCCCAGAGGUAUUUGUCUGGACACCUCUGGUCACAUCAUUGUGGCGAGCUUUCAUACCCACCGGGUAGACAUGUUCACAAGCCAGGGCAAGUUUGUCCGCACCAUCGCGGACAUUAGCCACCCGGAGAAUGUCGCUAUGGGACCAUGUGGAGAGUUGGUUGUGAGCAGCGUAUUUUAUAACACUGUUACUAUCUUCCCACGGCAAAUGGUGCUUCCUUGA